UCCGCUUCACAUCUUUGGCUUCCUUGUUAGUUCUUCGGUAACCGACUCUAUCACUGUCAAGUGGAGAGAAACACAAGAAAUGGAGGUCCAGUCGGACCAUACAGGGGACAUGGAAAACUUAAAGUUGGCCACAGAGACGGACCGCUUUGGAUUUGUGCUGGGGAAUGGCAUCACUGUUGGGGAUGGUCCCUCACCUGUGCUUGUGCGCCACAGAGAGGUCAAAUGGCUCAGCAUCAUCAGCAACUGGGACGACAUCUCUCAGAGAAGGAGCAGCAAGGUCAAAGGUCAGUGCCAGAAAGGCAUCCCAGCGUCUCUUAGAGCAAAGUGCUGGCCAAUGCUAUGUGGAGCGACGAGACGGAUGAGCCAGAAUCCAAAUCUGUAUAAGACUUUGGAUGAAUCACCUGCUUCGCAAAGCUGGGUGGACGUCAUAGAACGAGACACAGACAGACAAUUCCCUUUCCACGAGAUGUUCCUGUCAAAAGAUGGUCUUGGGCAGCGUGAGUUGUUUAGAGUGCUGAAGAUCUACACCCAGUUCCGUCCAGAUGAAGGGUACUGCCAGGCCCAGGGUCCCGUCGCCGCCGUACUGCUGAUGAACAUGCCUGCUGAGGAGGCCUUCUGGUGUCUGGCCCAGAUUAGUGAAAUCUACUUGCCCGGAUAUUACAGUCCUCUACUGGAGGGUGUUCUCUUUGAUGCCGGAAUGCUACCCUGGGUUCUGAAGAGGGCGUGUCCGGCCGCUCACAGGCACCUGCAGCGGCAGGGGGUGGAGCCUCUGAUGUUCGCCACCGAUUGGCUGAUGUGCCUCUACACGCGACACCUGCCCUUCAACACGCUGCUACGCGUGUGGGACCUGUUCUUUUGCUACGGUGUGCGGGUCUUGUUCCAGGUGGCAGUGGUGCUGGUCCGCAGAGUGUUGGGCCGAGGGGACCAGAGGGAGCAGUGUGACGGCCAGAUGGAAACUCUGGAGCGUCUGAGGGGCGUGAAGGACUAUCUGAAACCAGAGGACUCAGACAUCUUCAUCCAAGAGGUGUGCUCCGUCUCCCUUUCUGAGCGAGACCUGCAGCGACGGGCGGAGAGGGAGCUCGAGAAGUGGAGGAAGGAGCGGCCUAACUCCACUUACGACCCACGCCACCGCUGCCAUGGAUACCUGAUGGCAUGUGAGAGGGUGAAGGAGAUGGAGGAGUGCAAAGAACGACAAGAAAAGGUGAAGGGGAACCUGUCCUUGCCCCUCGUUCACAGAUCUGCAUCCUCCCUCUCUCCGUCGCUCCUGCGAAAGAGGUGGAAGAAGAGAGGGAGUCGGCUUUCGCUGGGGUCUCAGUGCGAGGAGGAGAGCGCAGAUGUGCAGCGGGGUUUCGAAGUGGAGAAAAGGAAAAGCAGCACCAGCAGUGUCAACGGUGCACAGAGAUGCGCAGAAGAAUCGCAUCACAACACUAUCACACCAAACUCUUGCCACUCAGAACUAGAGCGGCCUUCCACAUCAGCCUCAGGUGCCGGCACGACAAGCAGAGGGUCCGAGCAGUUUCAGGAGCACAGACAUCUGGAGGAGGAUACUCCAGCACCUGAACCAGCACCAACAUCAGAGUCAGAGUCAGAUGGACCAGCACAGAGGAGUGGUCAAGAAAUGGGUAAAACUGACUGUAACAUCGAGAAAGAAAAAGGAGUACAAGAAAUGCACACAGAGGAUGAGGAGAGUCGGACUGUGAAGGAUGAACAGACAGAGGAAGCAGAAGAGGACGUCCAACAUGGAGAUCGCGUAAGAGACACCGCUAAAUCAGAUAGUGAAGCACAACUGAUAACGGAAGACAGUGACACAGUUGUAGAGGCGGAAGAGAUAGAGGCCCAGGCAGUGGAUGAAGAAGCGGGAGGAAUUCAAGUAAUGCAGGAGGAGGAAAGCAAAGUAAAAAUUACAGAUGAGGAAAUACAACCAGAAAAUAUAGAGGAAGAGCUGAUGGUGUCAGUGACAAUUAAAAACAAGGAAAUACAGCUAGAAGAUACACAGGAAGGGCCGAUGGUAUCAGCGCAAGAGACGUCAGAGAGAGAGGUGGAGGUAGUCGAGGAUGUAGAGCAGCAAGAAACAAGAGUUGUCACCGAUAUACAAGAAGAACCCACUUCUGAAGAUCAGCAGGGGGAGAUAGUAUCCCAGGCAGAGCACAAAGAUGAGAAACACGACCAUUUGGACUCGGACGAUGUUCAGAUGAGCGUAGGUCAGAAUGAAUGGGAGGGGCAGGAACAAAAUGAAGUCACAGGGACAGAGUCAAGGCGUCCAGACAAUGAUUAUGAUUUGCACAAAGGGGAACAGACAGAAAGUCUGCCAAUGCAAUUGAUCCGCAGCAGGCAGUCUGUGGUGGAGGAGGAAGAGGUGGAAACCACACCGCCAAAAGAGACCACGAACGACGACGACAAGUGCCUGAACUCUGACCUUACGCAUCCUCAGCCGCAGUGCUCGCUGAACACAGGCAUCAGCCCUGAAACCCAAAGCCCAGAAACAGAUGAUGGACCUAGUAUCAUGGAAGGUGACCAAGCCAGCUUCAGCACUCUGCAUGACACCGUUACCCUCACAGACAGCAAGGUCCUGACGGCAACACCAGUUUCAGAAAGUCAAGAGCAACCACAAGAGAUGGAGGUGAAGACAGAGGCUGAAGGAGCAUUAGAGGGACACCCAGAGCGGAGAGCACAGACAGAGACGGCAGGACAUUUGGAAGAAAUGGAAGAGAUGAGGACAGAGGGCGUUCAAGAGGAAGCUUCUGUUAACACCCAGCCCCCAACCACAUCAACGGGGAGCUGCUCAGCGUCGUCUGGCAGACCAGGGUUGCAAACUGACCGAAGUGCAUUCAUCGUCACAGAGUCUGUGGUUGACGAUGGAGGCGAACACACGCUGACAGAGCAGCUUACCCCUCCUCCUCCUCCACCUCCUCCCCCUCAUGUACAGUCUGUGUCACACAGUGCCACACAGGACACACUGGAUGACACCAGCACUACCCAGAAUGCCGUUCAGCUCCAUCAAAAACUAGAAUGCAGCAGACCUCAUCGGUCACAAGAUGAAGUUGAUGCUGGGGAGACAAAGGACCACACUGAGACAGUUGUUGACAAAAGGGAGGCCAGGCCAGAUGUAGAUAGUGUGGGUAAACCUCCAGACUCAGUGGAGGAGACAACAUCUGAUCUAGACCCCCUGACAGUCAGUCGGUCAGAUUUACACAAGUCACAAGGUGACAGUGAACCAGAAAAGGCAGAGAUGUGUGUGAAGGGGGAGCACAUUUGUGAUCAGGAACAGGCAGUGACAAGUUGCCCAUUUGGAGGCCUGAAUAGUAAAACACAAGAUGGGAUUGAGAAAGACCAUGUGGCACCUCUGAACAUACCACACACAGAACCGACCAAAGAGGGAAUCCUGGGACCGGUCACAGAGGGAACCAUGGGAACGGAUACAGAGGGAACUAUGGGAACAGACAAAGAGACAACCAUGGAAACCGUCGAAGAGGGAACCAUGGGAACGGACACAGAAGGAACUAUGGGAACGGACACAGAGGGAACUAUGGGAACGGACACAGAGACAACCAUGGGAACGGACACAGAAGGAACUAUGGGAACGGACACAGAGGGAACUAUGGGAACGGACAAAGAGACAACCAUGGAAACCGUCGAAGAGGGAACCAUGGGAACGGACCCAGAGAAAACCAUGGAAACCGGCACAGAGGGAACUAUGGGAAAGGCCCCAGAGGGAAGCAUGACUGCAGAGCCGCCACUCUCCACAUGUGCUCCGGUCCACAGGCGGCGCUCCUCCACCUCCAGUAGGAACUCGUAUCCCACGGUGCUGUCCAAGGACAUCUUCAUCAGCCCAAAAGAAACAACACAGCACGACUACACACCAGCACAGCCUUCCCAGACAGAUACACAACAAACACCAACCAGCCCUUCGGACUUGGAACUUGAAACGCCUACCACGUUACCUGCUUCUCAUUCAAGUAACCCCUCACAGACUCAAAAACAAACAUUGAGCCCUGCAGACAAGAGGACCAAGCAGACUGAUGGCUCAAAACGCAUCGGGAUCUUCCAGAGGCUCAGAGGGGCCAAGGGAAGCAACACCAGCACCCCUAAAAUAACCAUUCCCAAAAUCCUCAUCCAGGACUUCAGCGAAGAGGCGGAAGAGGACGAGAAACUGACAUCAAAGGAGAGAAGGAGGCGGAAGAGGGAGAAGGAGAAGAAAGAAAAAGAGGAGGAAAGGUUGAGAAAGAAACAGGAGAAGGAGAUGGAGAAGGAACGUGACAGAGAGCGCAAAAAGCCCCAGACGAGAGGGAAAAGUUUUCAAUUGCCAAGUAGUCCAAUGAGGGGCAAAGAUGGCACCAUUAGAAGAAGUGAUUCACAAACUGUUGUAUCCAGGAGGAACUCAACUCCCUUGUCAGAAAAUUACUUUUGAGACAAAGCAUAGUGACUU